AUGCGUUUGUCACUAUUGCUUUCCGUUGGCGUCUUGGCGCCCGGCAUCAGCCUAGGCGCUCCGACCGGCGAUGACCUAUCGGCCGUACAUGACCAAGCGCUCUACAAGAGAGAAAAUCUAUGCAGCUUGAAAGCACCACCGGCCCUCUGCCAGCCCAACUCUACGGUAACUGUCGAGGAGACGGCAGCUAGAGCAUACAAGUUCUAUCGCGCAUUCGUCGUCGAUGGGGAUCCCAGAACCAUGUUUUCGCUCAUAGACUCUACUUACAAGCAACAUCACCCGGGAUAUGCGGACGGACCAAACGCCAUCUGGUCAAUUUUCUGCAGCGGUAACAAGAUCGGGACUGAACAGAACACCUCUUGGUGCUUCGAUGCCAGCACCAACAUGUCGUACGCGAAAUACUCGACCACAGACCGUUGGCGCUGGGUCGAUGGAUGUGUGCAUGAACACUGGGAUCAAGGCGAAACGAUUCCAAAGGACAAGUGUUACAAGUUGCCUACCACAUCUUGA